AUGUAUUCGCAGGAAGAGAACAGCUUUGCAAGCACUAGUAGUUACGAGUUCACUAUGAUGUCUUUCUAUAAAGCAGAGCGUGAGCGUGUGCUGCGUUUGUGGCGGCAGUCCUUAUCGGAACCAAUCAAUCAAGACAAUGACGAGGUUAUCGAUGAAAACAUGGAAGUGGAAAACGAUGAGAAUAUGCCGCCGACAAAGUGCUAUAAUGCCGUUCCUCCGAGACUAUGUAAGCUUCGAUUCAGUACUUGGUUUCAACUUUUGUAA